AUUGGCUGAAAAUUUUCAGGAAAAUCAAAUACAAAUUCCUCUCAUUGGGAACAUAGUUGAUUUCUGUGCAUCGUAUAAACUGUAACGUUCAAAGCAAUAAAGUGUAAUAAAUAUAUUUCGAGAUGGCUUUACUUAGCCGUAAGUUAUACCUAUUGGGUGCCUUACUGGUAUUAGUUAGUGCUGCUGGUGUGGUCCAAGCUGAAAAUGAUGAAGGAGACGACGAAGCCACCGUGGAGGUUGUGGAAGAAGAUGAGAAGUACCACAGCCCACAAAUAAGUCCUGAAAAAGUUUACCUGGCAGAACAUUUUGAUGAUGAAAGUGCUUUUAAAAAGAAAUGGGUGAAGUCAGAAGCCAAGAAACAGGGUGUCGAUGAGAAUAUUGCCAAGUAUGAUGGUAAAUGGGAGAUCCAAGCUCCGAGCCGGAAGAUCUUCAAAGAUGAUUUGGGUCUAGUGUUAACCACUGAAGCAAAACAUGCGGCCAUAUCUACACUCCUUGAUAGACCAUUCGAAUUUAUAGACAAGCCAUUUGUUGUCCAGUAUGAAGUUACUAUGCAGGAGGGUCAAAACUGCGGCGGAGCUUACAUCAAGCUGUUAUCCCGUGGUACGAACACGAAGGCCGACCUCCGCAAGUUCUACGACCAGACGCCCUACACCAUCAUGUUUGGACCCGACAAGUGCGGUAAUGACAACAAACUGCACUUCAUCUUCAGACACAAGAACCCCAAGAAUGGUACUAUCGAAGAGAAACAUAGCAAGAAACCUACCCAGCGUCUCGAUGACAUUUACAAAGACAAGGAGCCACAUCUUUACACGCUGAUCGUUCGCCCAGACAACACAUUCAGCAUACUGGUUGACAAUAAGGAGGUCAACGCUGGCUCUCUACUGGAAGACUUCACUCCGCCUGUGAACCCGCCUGAGGAGAUCGAUGACCCCAACGACACGAAGCCAGAGGACUGGGAUGAGAGGGAAAAGAUUGUAGACCCGUCUGCCACAAAACCUGAGGAUUGGGAUGAGACUGCGCCCGCACAAAUUGUGGACCCCAACGCUGUUAAACCCGACGGAUGGCUCGAUGAUGAACCUGAAACAAUUCCCGACCCCGAGGCCAAGAAGCCGUCGGACUGGGACGAGGAGAUGGACGGCGAGUGGGAGGCGCCGCUGGUGGACAACCCCUUGUGUGCGGCCGCGCCCGGCUGCGGGGCCUGGCAGCCGCCCGCCAUACCCAACCCCAACUACAAGGGCAUCUGGCGCGCGCCGCUGAUCGCCAACCCCAACUACAAGGGCAAGUGGACUCCGCGCCGGAUCCCCAACCCGCACUACUUCAAGGACGACCUGCCCUACCGCAUGACGCCCAUCCACGCCGUGGGUUUCGAGUUGUGGUCGAUGUCCCCCGCGCUUCUGUUCGACAACCUCAUCAUCACGGACGACGUGGCCGUGGCCGAGCACUGGGCGCAGAUCACCUUCAUGCAGAAACGGGCCAAGAUCUCCAGGGAUUCCGACUCUGUGUUCGAUCGCGCGAUAAAGUUCGCCGGCGAGAACCCCUGGGUGUAUGCACUCGUCAUCGUCGUCACGUUCAUCUUUGUUGGAAUCGUCGCCUACGUAUGCUGCGGACCUAAAUCGGAGUCAGAGUCCGACCCUAAGAAGACUGAUGCAGUGGGUGAGGACGACCCUCACUUGUCCGAGGCCGAGGACGAGCCGCGGGACGACAGCGACCGGCCCAGCAAGGCCGACCUCGAGGGACCCGCUCCCGACACCGAACAGGCGGACAUCGUCACCUCCACUGACGAUAGCGCUCCACUAGUGGACACGGAGGGCGCCGGCGACGGGCAGAGGAAACGCAAACCGCGCAAGGAGUAGGCAGGCCGGGGCAGCGGGCUGGCGGCCGGCCGGACCGCCCACACCUGCAACACUACGGUACUCUUAUGUUGAGCUUGGGCCGCUACUUCACACUAUUUCUCAUCUACCUAUAUCACUCUUCAUUUGUACUUAUUUAGCAAUACUGACGAAUUUCUACCCAAACAAAAGAUCUUGACAAAGUGGUGGUGAAGGCUGCCAUAAUAGAAAACAAUUUGCACUUAUUAACUAACUAGUUUAAGGUAUAUUAAUAUGGUUAUAAGAUCACAAUCUUUUACCCAUGUUGGUAUUAUUAACCUGACACUGAUGGACGAACCAAAGAGAAGUGCAACCAAAGCUAGUUACUAAACAAUUUGUUCGUUUCAAAUUUACACUAAAUACAAGUGAGUAAUGCAGUCUUGGAUCCACAGCUCAACAUAACGGUACAAGGUAUUUGCCUUCUUAGAAACUUUCCUGGUAGUUAAGAUAUAUUUAGUCUAAUAUAUAAAAGAAAAUUAUACUCUUGUCUGUCUUUCUUGUCCGUUAUAGCAAUAUUUCGCGGUAUUCUUCUGUCUGAGGACUCAAUAAUAACUUCUUGAUACUUAUACAGAUGUAUUAAUAUAAAAUAAUAUUCUACUAUUUACAUACAAUAGUUAAAAUGUAUUAAAUAGUUAGUAAUUUAAUUAGGGCAAUAAUUUUUUCGAGCAAAUAAGGAAUAAUAUGGGUAAUGUUGUAAGACCAACAAUUUAUUUAUUUUUUAUGUUAUGGUAGUAGUUAUGAUGUUAACUUAAAGCAAGGUGUUAUUAUUUUGUCUUUCCAGCUAUAUAAUAAUAUAUUCUAAAUAAUAUAAUUUCCGUUCUGUACUGCCAAAGAACUAAGCUUCCCUUUCUUUUAGUAUGUGACCAAUGUAGUGAACAAAAUGUUGAAAGGACUCAUGUUGCAUUUUUACGAAUAUCGCAUUGUCAUGUAUAGCUUAUAAUAUAGAAUUGGUUUUAUUCGAGGGCAGUCGGCGACAGAAGCGGUUAAUUGAAUUUACAUCUAUUGUCACAACAUAACACUUUUGACAUCGACUGUAUCUCGGAAUCAUGAACAUUGCACGCGUUGUGUGACCAUAUUUAUUUUUGUUAUGAAUUUCAUUCAUGAAUGAUAUUUACACUGUAAUAUGUGGAAUAAGUAGUUUAAUUUUUAUAUAAUUUUUCGUUAAUUCUAUGUGGGUUCAGUAUAAAUGGUUUAUCUGUAUAUAAUUUGACGCUUAUACUCGGUGAUUUUUGUAUUGUUUUUGAGUUUAAUCCAUUGUAAAUGAUAACAUUGAAAUGAUUGGUGUUUAUUACAGACCAGUAUUAUAAAUGAAAUAAAUCAUCUGUUUCUAUUUUUACCAUCUCAUGAACAGGAUUAAUUUCUUAAUUGAAGAUUUAUAAUAGUAAUUGUCUCGAGACUGACAGGAGAUGAAAGGUACUCAAAUAACGACAAUGAUCACCGUGUAAUGUGAAUAUACAAUUCUAAAUCUCAUUGUGAGGUGAAUACUUUUUACAUCCAUUUCUUGUACAUUUAGUGAGACAUGGCUUGUUCGUUGCCGUAUUGUAAUAUAAUUUUCUUACCUGAAUGUUCAAUUUAUUAUUAUUUUUGUUUGGAUCGUGCUCAUGUGUCGUAUAUAAAUAUCGAAUGUGUGUGUUAAAUAAAAUAAAUACAUAAGUACAAGUUUUAUGUUUGUGUGGCUUUGCUUUCCCCAUAAGUAGAAAAAAGAAGAUACAUAGAACGUAUUUGCACCCUGUAUACUGUACAUCAUAUCAUUGUGUCCAUCACGCGACGUUUAUUUCCAGUCUUCGGAACUUCAAUUAACGUAUCUUAAAUCUUAUCGAAACAUCUGAAGCUAUGUUAAAAAGUCUCUGUGCCAGCUGGUAAUGGGUAAAAGGUAAUAAUUACCACUCUGUCAUGGUUUUAGAAAGUAGUAAGUAGCCCACAAAUGUUCGUCAUUAGGCAAUGAGCACGAUCCAGAGUUGGACUCACAGCGUUCGUCAUUCCAGAAUUAAAUGGAAAACUAUAUCAGUAUUGUAAGGCACAUGCAUGGACAUCACCGUUUGUACUUUGUACGUAAAUUAACAAGGAAUCUUAAUGUCGCUAGCGUACAUUAUAGGAGAAAAGUAACCUAUUUUUCUCUGUAAAUAGCUCGGUAAAUUAUUUUCUUCUCGUUUCGUUAUGCAUUUAUUUGCUGUGAGUCCAAUUAACCUUUUAAACAACGGUUGUUUAAGGCAGCUGUAAUAUAAAUGGUCUCCACGCUUUUAAUUUUCGUAAGUACGUGUGUGAUACGUGAAGUUAUGGACUGUAAUUUAUAUGAAAAUAAACUGAAUUAUUUGUA